AUGUAUAAAGCUGGCGGGAGUUGAAAUUCUGCUGGGCACACAACCGGAAGUGAGAGAAGAGGCAAGCUGGAGGUGACUAGUCUUGCAACGCUUACUAUACUUGAAUUGGAAGUCUAGCUCCUAUAUUAAAACGAAAAUAUAGCUGCCUGUGAACGAAGCCUUCCUGGAAUGGCUCCCUACGCGUGGGCGCGUUGACUAUAAGCGGGCGAGCGAGUUGCUUUUGCGUGGACAUAUGUUCGCCAAGGCGUCUUUCUCUGAGUUCAUCGAGGCCGCGCUCGAUGCCGGAGAUGACUUGGGAAAUGGGGACCUUUCCCUGGACUCGGGGGGUGCUGCCAUGCUCCUGGGCAGCUCCCCACCGAUCCUGCUCCGGUCCUCCCUUGGCCCCGUCACGGUUUCACCGGCUGGCUCCAUGCAUGGACUGAUGCAACCUGCAUUUGGCGGCUUCUGCAUAGACGGCAGCGGCAACAACCUGUCUUUCUCGCAGUAUCCGCAGCAGCCGAUGCAGCAGCAGCAGCAGCAGCAGCAGCAGCAGCAGCAACAACAACAGCCGAGCUCUGUCAUUGGCAGCGGUGGCGCAUUCGCGCAACGCGCACAGCAGCAACAACAACAGCAGCAACAGCUGCAGCAGCUGCAGCAGCUUAACAUGCAGCAGGCGCAGAUGCAGGCGCAUUUUAGCGGGAUGGUGCCGGUGGCGGUGUCGGCGCAUGCAUCAGCAACAGGCGGAGGGCAAGCAAUGGGAGUAGGACCCGGUGGCCCCCAACAGCAGCUACAGCCACCGCCGCAAGGAAGCCUGCAGCAGGGUUUCCCAUGCGGCCUCGCCGCGCCGUCGCCGCCGCCGCCGGCGCCCUCGCCUGCGGCGGCGUGCACACCCAUGGACACGACAGGAACGACGUCCGCCUCGGCAGCUGCAGCCGCAGCAUCCCCGGGGCUACCUCCCGGCCGCACCAGCACCGCCGGCACCGGAGCUGGAGGCGCAGGCGGAGACGCGGUUGGGAGCAGCGGCAGCGCGGCUGCCGGCGGCGGCGGCGGCUCCAACUCCAGCAGCCUGGCGCCGUCGCUGCCGCCCGGGGGCGGUGGCGGCGGCAGCAGAGCCUCCACACUGUCGCUGUCGCUUCCUGCCCAGAUGCAGGCGCAGAUGCAGCAGCUGCAGGCCCUGCAGGCCCAGGUGCAGGCGCAGCAGCUGCAGCUGCAGCAGCAGCUGGCGACGCAGCAGGCGCAGCUGCAGCGGCACCUGCCGAUGUCCACGCUGGCCGGGGCCGCAGCAACCAACUCUGGAGGCGGCGCCGCCACCACCACCGCCACCAGCGCCGGGGCGACGCAGAAGCUGGCCGGAAGCUCCGCCAGUCUGUCGACGGAGCCGGCUCCCGGGACCAGCCCAUUCCUGGUAGCAGGCGCGCUAUCUGCUACAGCCGCGGCGACUACUGCUACUGCUGCUGCUGCCUCCGAGCUCGCGGUGCGUGUGAUGGUGAUGGACCCUAUGGCGCCAGGGCCCGUGCCGGCCUCGGCAGCGGCAUCGGGCGGCAGCAGCAGCGGCACGGCGGGGCUGCUACAGCCUGCCGCAUAUAGCGGGUGGCAGCAGCAACAGCAGCAACAGCAGCAGCAGCAACAGCCGAGUAACAUGGGCGCCAUGUCGCCGCCGCCGCCGCUGCCACUCUUGCCGCCGACGUCGCCGCCGCUGACGUCGCACAAGCACCCGCACCCGCCCGACCACGACGCGCACGGCAUGGGUGCUGGCGGCGGCGGCGGUGGUGGUGGUGGUGGUGGUGGUGGUGGUGGCGGUGGCGGCGGUGGUGGCGGUGGCGGCGGCUACAGUGCGGCUCAGCCGGUGCCCAAGAAGCGGACUAGCUACACAUCGGAGUACUCAGGCUUCAACGGCACGCCGUUAGCAUCGCCGCGGGGAGGCUUGAGUCCGAGCUCGAGUGCGCUCGCGGGGCAGCUGUCUUUGCACGAAGGCAACUCGACAGGCGCCGGCGGCGCCGCCAUUGCCACGGCGGCGGCGGCCUUGGCGGCGGCGAGCGCGGGUCCGAACGUGGGGUCCUUCGGGGCCCUGGGUGCAGGCACGCCGGUGUCGUACUCGCCACAGCUGUCGCCGCAGCUGUCGUCACAGCUGUACCAGUCGGCAGAGGGCCCCAUGCUGUCGCAGCUGCUGCGCACCGCCACUAGCAGCAGCGGCCUCGCCGCCGUGCCGGGGGCGCCGCCGCCAGGUGGAGGUGGCCUGGCCGGCGGCGGGUCCUUGCUGCCCAUGGCCAGCGGGCAGCUGCCGCCGCUGCCCGCCUUCAUGCAGCAGCAACAGCAGCAUUUCCAGCAGCAGCAACAGCAGCAGCAGCAGCAGCAGCAGCAGCUGCAGCCACUGGGGAUGUCGUCUGCGCUGCUGCCGCUGGAGCUGCAGCAGGCCUACCACCCGCUCAACGCCGGCUACUACAACAGUGGCGGCGGCACGGGCGGCGACGGAAGCAACAGUGAUGGCAUCGGUGGCGAGCGCAGCAGCAGCCGCCUGCACCACCUGCACCACCCACACAGCCAACAGGUCACCAGGGACAAGAACCGGGAGGCCCAGCGGCGCUACCGGGAGCGGCAGCGGGGCGCGCUGGCCACGCUCCAGGCCAAGACGGAGGAGCAGGCGCGCGUCAUCGAGGGCCUCACGCGGGAGAAGAAGAUGGUGGAGCAGCAUAACCGGAUGCUGCUGGAGCGGGUGUGGAAGCUGGAAGGGCUGGUGGAGACGUUGCAGCGGUCCGCGAUCGGCGGCGGCGGCGGAGGCGGUGGAAGAGGCGGCGCCGGCAGCAUGGAUGGCGGCCCCGGCAGUGCCGGGUCGCUUCCACCGCACCAGCAACAGCACCACCAGCAGCACCAGCAACAUCAACAGCAACAUCAACACCUGCAAGCGGGCGCGGGGCCCCACGGCGGGGCCGGUGGGGGCGAUGACGGCGCCGCUGCCGCUGCCGCUGCGGCGGCUGCGGCAGAUAUGCAGCAAGGGGGUGGUGCUGCUGGCGGCAUGGGCGGGUUGGCUGUGCCCAUGUCCACAUCACCCACGCAGCAGCAUCAUCAGCAGCAGCAGGACUUGCAACAGGCGUGGCAGCAACAGCAGCAACAAGAGCAGCAGCAGCAACAGCAGGUAGCCUGGAAGCAGGAGCCUGCGUUUUCAGCCGGCUCGGGCGUUGACAGCAUGGGGGUGGGUUCCUGAGGCGACGGCCCACCGCUGCCCCACCGCUGAUGCAGCUGUUACUGCGGUUGCCGUGCCGGCCUAAAGCUCCCCAAACACCUGCCCUAGUGGGUUGCGCCAUCAUCAAGAUUGCAACUGCAAUAAGACUGUAGGCGCAACCUACGCCUAAAGACGUAUUGAUCAAUUCCCUUUGAGGUUUGAGGUUAGAGAUGAAUGAGGGCCUCUGCGCGUCAGGUGCUGGGUCCCACAAAACCUUCAAUCCCAUGUAUAUGUGUAUUUGGUGCGUUGGUGUCUUGCGCGCGCGGCAGGGCGGGUCCGCUGCUCUACACUCGGCGGGCACUUGAUGGGAGUUCAGGGGAGUUGCGGCGAGUUUGGCUCUGGUAGGUAGUCAUUUGUCUGUUGGCGCAUGGCGAGCCGGAUACCGCGCCCUGCCAGGCUGGCAAUGGGGAGAUGCGUGUGUAACUAGGUAUGGAGAUAACAACCGGACCAUCACUCGGACCCUCAGUAGCGUGCAUGCAUGGAUGUGCAGGUCUUUGCUUUUGUCUUUGAACUUUUGAAGCGGCGGAUUUUAGGGUCUGGUGAGGCCACGUGGUUGCAGGGCCAUGGCGGGUGUGCGGGUGUUAGGAGAGCUCAAGGAGGGUGACCAGCAGCGCGACCCUCCCUUGCGUGUUUGUGCACGUGUGCGUAAAGGGAAAUCUGUGUGUGCUUGUGUGUUAAAGGGCCCAAGGCAGUGUAUCGUAUCGUGUGCCUGUGUGGUUGUGUGGGUGUGGGCAGGGCUCCUAUCUUAAUGUCUCCAGACAUUAAUUGGCCAUUUUGGCCGUUUCCUAGACAUUCCUCCCGGGGGCUAAUGUCUGGGGCGAGACUUUGUUGGCCCGGGUUUGGGGCGGGUUUUGUCCGAAUUCCUAUGGAGAAGCCCCAAACCGCCAUGUGCCCAGACAAAAGACGGCGGCCACCCGGCCGUUUUUGUCUGGAGCUAGACAUUACCCCCAAAACAAGAUACGACCCCUGGGUGUGGGUGUGCGUGCGCGUGGUUGCAGUGCGCGUCUACUGGGUUUAUCAGUGGGUUUGGCGCAGGACUGCGUUACUGAUGAUACCAAAUGUACCGUACUAGCCUCUCCUACGAACUGUACGACACAUAUUUUAUGGUGUCUCGUCAUUGGGUCCCUUUUAACGUGUGUGGACCGCGUGCGCUGAACUAGCUGAGCGCGUGUGUUUGCGUGCGGUCGCGCGUGCGUGGUACGCGUGGCUCAUUUGAUUAUCGUGCCGUUAAUGAUCGCACAGCAUGCUGCAGCAGCAGUUGUGUCACUAUAAACGGGAAGCAGUAGCGCUGGGCUGCUUGUAAUUUUGCUAGAUUCAAGGCUAGAGUGUCGCGUGUGCCCAGUCGGAGCCAUGAAGACUGCAGAUCCGCGUAUGCUGGGACGACACUCGAGCGGUCUGGCACUGGCACGAGUAUUGAUGAUGAUUCAGUAACUGUAAUGAUGCACUGGC